AAUUGGAGAGGAAAAAAAUAAUAUUUUGUCUCACCCGCGAACCUGAAUACAAAGGCUUGGGGGCAAAGCUAGUUCAGGCCUUGAAUUCGCACUCUCUUCACACACUCCCCAUGGACUUCACCCAAGACUUGCACUGUCUCCUAUCUGAGCAACGCCGCAAGCUCGCCGCCGCAGAGGCCAUGGAAUUGGACCUCGACUUCGCCUUCCGCCUCCAGUUAAAGGAAGCCCUCGCGGCCUCCCUCGCCGCCCAGCCCUCCUCCUCCUCCUCCGCCGCCGCCGCGAUCAUCGAACAACCCGUCGUCGUCAUCCACGAUGACGACGUCAACGCCAUGACGCUGCAGCGCGAGGAGCUGGCGCGUAUGGAGCGCGAGAUGAAGGACCGGGAGCAGAGCGAGGCGGAGACGCUUAAAAUGAGAGAGGAACUCUGCCGUCGGAUCCACGACGAGAAGGUGGCGAGGGAGAUUUCCGCGAUUCCCGAGAAGGACUGGCAGCAGUGGGGAGACAACUUCGAGAAACCAUUCGGAGAGGGCUCGUCGUCUUCGUCGCUGAGUAGAGAGGAAGGCGUGGUUAGGGUUUACUUCAAGGGUUUGGUGAGCGAGGAAAACGUGAGGGGACGGAAGGUCGUGUUGUCUGGGAUUGGGGUUGCGAUUUGCGACCUUAGCGAUAAUUUGAUAUUCGAGGUUUCUAAGUCGCUCAUUGGAAAUGGCACUAGCAAGGUCGCUGCGGAGAUUAAGGCUUUGAUCGAGGCUUUCAAUGCCGCCAUUGCUUUGGACUUGAAGCGCGUCGUUUAUUGCUGCGAUUAUUAUCCCCUUUUCCAAUUUGUGAGUGGAAAAUGGCCUGCAAAACAGCGGAAGAUUGCUAUUUUGGUUGAUCAAGUGAAUCUGCUUCAAAGGAAGUUUUCAUACUGCAAUCCAAGGUUUGUGGCCAGACAUGAUGUCAAGUUUGCAUUUAAGCUUGCAAGAGAUGCAAUUGAAUCUCAGUCCACAAGACUUGCAGAAUCUGGGAGUAGGAGUUUGAAUGAAACUUGUGUCAUAUGUUUGGAGGAAACUGAUGUUGGUCAGAUUUUUUCAGUUGAUGGCUGUCAACACCGCUAUUGCUUCUCAUGCAUGAAACAGCAUGUGGAGGUGAAGUUGCUUCAUGGAAUGGUGCCAAAGUGCCCUCAUCAGGGGUGCAAGUAUGAGCUCCUAGUUGACAGCUGCCAGAAGUUCUUGACUCAAAAGUUAACCGAGACCAUGCAGCAACGAAAAUUGGAAGCUUCAAUUCCUGUUGCUGAAAAAAUUUAUUGUCCUUAUCCUACGUGCUCUGCAUUAAUGUCAAAAACUGAGGUCUUAGAGUACUCCAAAGAUAUCACUGGUCAAUCUGAACAAUCUGAACCCAAGAUAUGCCUAAAAUGUCGUGGCCUUUUCUGUUUUAACUGCAAGGUCCCUUGGCAUAGUGGUAUGACAUGUAAUACUUACAAAAGGAUGAAUCCUAUUCCUCCUGCAGAAGAUUUGAAGCUGAAGUUUCUGGCAUCAAGGAGCCUAUGGCAACAGUGUCUGAAGUGUAACCAUAUGAUUGAACUUGCUGAAGGUUGCUAUCACAUGACUUGCAGAUGCGGUUACGAAUUUUGCUAUAACUGUGGAGCUGAGUGGAAGGACAAAAAAGCAACAUGUGCUUGCCCUCUUUGGGCCGAGGACAAUAUUUGGUUAGAUGAUCAUGAGGAAGAGUUGGAAGAAGAAGAAGAAGAUGAUGAUAAUGAUGAUUAUGAUGAUUAUAGGUCUGAUUAUCCUGAUGAUUAUUAUUAUUAAGUAUCUGGCCGCUUGACCAGGUUGACGGUUUUACAACUAGUAAAUAUUCAUAUUCAUAUAUCUAUAUAUAUGUAAGCAAAAUGUGAUUGUCUUUUGAUUUCUUUCUCCUUAUUUUCCGUUUCAUUCCGCAUCUUUGCUAACAUGGUUGUCUAUGUCCAUGCACAAUAUGUUAACAAAUAAUGAUAUUUUAGUAUUAUGAUCGUACCA